AUGACCAUCCACGGCAAACGUGGCCAACAACUAAAAAAUCGGAUACUACUCUAUCCGUGGUUCUCCGCGGAUGCUCAGGAUCACUGUCCGGGGUCCCCGCAUUACAUCACUCGCAAAAGUGGAACCUCGUUCGCCCCCGUCAUUUACUUCAUCUAUUCAAAACGUAAAUUCUUGGAGCAUAUGACCGACCCGAAUCAGUUCCAUUACGUGCAUCGUGCGGGUAGAAGCAAAAAGAGAAGAGGAAAGAACGCUAGUGGUUCGAUCUCCUUGUCGGAUCUGUUGCGCUCAACGCGCGAGGGGCUCGUGUCGUCCGGAUGGUGGGAUAAUUAUCGCGCCGAGGUGGUUCCUGUCAUCGCACAGACUAGGCGAUUGGUACUGGAUAGGCAACAUCCGGACGUAGAGCAAACUGGGCCAGAUAUACGCGAGGUUGGGUUGAGGUCUCUUUGUCUGGGCCUAGGGUCACCCAUUAAGUCCGCAGAAUCCCGUGCGCAAUUGUGCGUGUUGCUAGACCUGUGUGCAGAGCUGGCAAUCACAGGCACAGAUAGAGAGUUGUUCGAUCCGGCAUUUGAAGAGGAGGACAUUCUGGCAUUGCGGGGUUUGGGUCUGGGGAAGGGCGCGCACGUCAUCGACACGCCUACACUCGUGUACAUGCCUCACUGCGGAAUCGGACUCUACGAACGAUUCCUUCGGGCCAAUUGGUCCGGCGAGGGGAUGAAUCGGAUUAUUCUCGUGGCCAACGACAUGGCCGCAUACACCGAGAGGCCCAUGCGGAUACUCGAGGCGAAAACUCCCUGCGUGGCUCGAAUAGCGCCUCGGCUACGAUCAUUGCCGUUCCCGACGAGCAGCAAGUUCCCAGGAGCGUUCAACAAUACGGCCCUGCAAGUGCUUGACGAUAAGAACGGCGGACACACAUGGACACUUGCAGGGUUACCGGAAUACUCGGACGAGGACGGAGAGGAGGGGGAAGUCCGGUAA